AUGAUUCUUUGCUUAUGGUUGUGGGCAGUACUAUGUUUGCUUUGGAUCCAAAGUAGGGUUUAUUUCCAUGUUUCCGGCCGAUUGGCGACUACCACUGGUGCCACAGCCACGCCACCAGAGACGGCGUCGCUCGCCUUCGGAACGUUGCUAGAAUUGCUGGUCUGAAGCGUUUGUAGAUGUGGGAUUCUUCACCUCUUAGUCAGUCAUCCCUUGUCCCUCGAGUGAGUCGUUACUCUCGGGUUUUCGAUAUAUUCUAUCAUCUUCAUCGUUACGUUCCAUUUCUGUAUUUCUUCAGAAAAUUUCGUUAUUUAUCUCUCCGCGAACCGCUGACCCCUCCCCCACUAGUUGUAUCUCUGUUAAUCAUCGGGACGACAAGAGCCGGCGGGCCAAUUCUCUGUUCCUCCCUCGCCUGUGGAUGCGGGCACUCUGGUCCGCUUGUCCUAAUUUCGUGAGGGUGUUGUACGACAAUGACCUUAGUUAAUGCUCGACUCUGCUUUCUAUGGAGGAGCAACCUUUUAUUUUGUCUUUGAGGAGCUCAUAACAUGAUCUUUCAUCGUAAACUGUAGUUCUGCGUUCUGUCUUGCUGCAAUGUGGCACAUUUAGUUGAUUGAGUAAAAUGUUUACUUUGUUUAGAAAUCAUGGGCUUCGAUUCUUUGCCAUAAUGAAUCAUUGUUCUGCAUAGUGAUGGAAUAGUUGGGCAUCUAAAAAGCUUGUUGUUUGCCUUUUUCCUCUCUGAUCUAAGUGUAGGGUGUGAUCCUCUCCAGCUUAUAUACGAACUGUAUACUUUUUAUUGAAUAAUUUCAUCAUGUGGAACUCCUCAGUGCCUUAGAUGGCCCUCGGUUGAGAUAAAUCCUCACUGAUUUCUGUAUGGUCGAUGGCCUUUGGAGUUUUUGCUGGCUAUCUAGAUUUCUAUGAAAAUCCUAAUCCAGAGAACUAUUUAUUGAGCUUUUUAUGUUGUCAGACAAAGGAUCGCUGAUAUCACUGGGCAUCUGUCCAUCUAAUAGCAUUGAUAUAGACAUAGGUUAGGCUUCUCCUAUCGUCGUUUUGCUAUUUUCCUCUUGCCCUUGAUUAAUCAACAAUUCAGUUUUAGUUAAAACUUACACUUGCCAAGUAAAAUAUCCUCUCACAUAAACCAAUUUCGUGAUGAAGUUCCCUUUUACUUGCACAUUGACGGCCUUCUGAAGAAGUGUACAUGUCCGCCGUUCUCCCGCCCUCCCCUCCAAUGAUGUAAAAGAUAGCUUGUGAGCGAAGAUCAUACUGUGCUACACCUUGCCGAGGAGAGUACGCAAGAAACCUACUACGAUGUCCUCUGUGUUGAAGAAACCGCAAGCUAUGAGGAAAUCCGGGCACAUGACAAGGCUGCUGUCCUUCGCUCGCAUCCAGCCAAGCUCAGCUCCAAACAGCCAAUUGGGAUCACCAAGUAGUACGAGAGAGAUUUCUGAAGAUCCACAAGGCCUGGGAAGUUCUCAGUGAUGCAGAGUUGAAAUCAGCUUAUGACAGGGACUUUAAGGGGUUGAAAUAUGGGUCAUCAGUGUGUGCAGAUGAAGUUGAGUUGAAGGAUAUGAGUGUGGGUGAUUGUGGUGACGCUGUGGAGCUCAUUUUUCCUUGUAGGUGUGGAGACAAUUUAUCGAUUACCUCGGAUGAGCUGGAGGAGAUGGGAUUUCUUCUGGAUGGUAGCAGGAUGUUGGAGAGGCAGGAUGCCUCUGAUUUGGCACCUGUGUCUGUUACAAUUUCUUGUUCUUCGUGUUCUUUGAUAAUUUGGUUAAGAAUAUAUAGUACUUGAAUCCUCUCUAUGGCGAAUUUGUUUAACCUGUUGGCCGAUAUUGUGUGAGAAUUUACUUGAUUGAUGCUAAAAUAUGAGAAGUUAUGCUAUUCGUCGCUUGUAUUACGGUCUUAUUAAUGAUUGAUGUAGUCCAUAUUUUCGGGCAUGUAUGUCUGAAAAUCUACCGAAGAUUGCUAUUUUUACUUUUCAUGGGGAAAGAAUGUGGAUCAAUUUGUCAGUUUCGCCAGACACCCUUGUAUUAUUGUAAGCAUUUGGAACUGCUCAUGUGACCACAUUUUAACAAAUUCCAAUUAAAAAUUCCGAUUAAUAUAAUUGGCAGAGAUGUUAAUGUAGCCAGGGCCAGUUGAAGUCAUCAAUGAUUCACCAAUGGUGAUGGCAAAGUGCUGUCCAAAACAAGUAAUAGACCAUUCUUUAUAAGUAUCAUCACGCAUGAUGUAAGCAUACAUAUCAAGAACCACAUUUCAUCAUUAAAAGAAUUUUUUAACGUUUAUGGAAAAAUAAAACUGUAAAAUAGAGUAAGAAUAUGCUUGCCAGCUUUUCUUUCACAACAAUCAUGGAAGAUGCUGAAUAAUGUCACUCAUAAUAAAAUGUGAACCAUGAUGCAACUAAUGAUGAAUAAAUUUAAGAUGUACGCGGGAAAGAAUAAUAAAUGAUUUUGUAUCUAAUGUCACGCUUUUAAGAAGUAUGCACAGUUUCGUGUCUUAAUUUUUAAAAUGUAAAAAAAAUGCUGAUAGUGAGUUCAUUGCAAAAUAACUCAUGGCGUACAGUUCUCUCUCUCUCUCUCUCUCUCUCUCUCUCUCUCUCUCUCUCUCUCUCUCUCUCUCUCUCUCUCUCUCUCUCUCUCUCUCUCUCUCUCUCUCUCUCUCUCUCUCUCUCUCCCUAUUUAUAUAUAUAUAUAUGAAAAUGCGUACAUAAAUGUAUAAGACCCUGCUCUAGCUCACCGCACAGUGCGGUCCUUACCCUUUUUCAUCCCUCCUGAAUCGAAUACUUUUAGAACAGAAGAUGUGUCUCUGGAGGCCUAAGAUUGUAGUGGCGCUCUUGUUCAGCUGGGCCUUCAUCUCAUUGACAUGGGCCUCUUUUGUUAUAGAAGACUACGAGGGUCCUAGAAUCGGGCUGGAGACGUUGAGAAGUGAGGAAGAGAUCUCAUGGUUAUACGAUGAGUGGCUAAUGACGGUCGACAGGACUUACGAGGAACCUGGGGAGAGGCAAAGGAGGUUUGAGAUCUUCAAGGAUAACCUUCUCUUCAUUGACGAACACAAUCAUCCCAAGAACAACCACACCUACACCAUCGGUCUUAACGAGUUGGCUGAUCUCUCUUACGAAGAGUAUCAAGCCAAGUACCUCAUCCCUUCGAUAGGCGAGAACCCCCUCUUUUCCUCUGGGCGCGGUGACGAGCUUGCAACUGAAGAGCGCGGCGAUGGAAUCCUGGAACAAGUACCCGAUUUCAAAGACUGGCGGAUUGAUGGUUCGGUCAGCGCUGUCAUCAACCAAGGGUCCUGCGGUAAGUUUGUUCUUUUUUUUAAUCUCACUUGUAGCGCCGUCAACCUCUCCAGGGCUUCACGAGGACUGGCUUGUUGUCUGACGGCAUCAGCCACGCUAAAACACAAGGAAUCACAUGAAUCCACACAUUAAAUAUCAUCUACUUCAGACUUAAGCAUGUUAACUGUGAUAAAAGGGAGUUGCUGGGCUUGGCGGCUGCUGCUGCUGUGGAGGGACUUCAUCACAUUCGUACAGGACAAAUGAUAAGAGUUUCCGCGCAGCAGCUUGUUGACUGCGAUUCGCGUUCCCUCGGUUGUGUUGGAGGGUGGCAGAGUCGCGCCAUUUCCUAUAUUCAACAGAAUGGCGGCGUUGAUUCCGCGGAGAAUUACCCCUACACAGGGAAAAAGGGCGUGUGUAGAACGAACAGCGUAAUACAGCUAAAUACUUGCCUUUUCUUCUUUCCUACUUGUCCAACAUUUUUUUACAUCGGGGUGCUGCUUGUCUUCAAACGAUAACUCCUCUCUCUGUUAUCUCCUGGAAGGCUAAACUCGUUUCGGUGAAUGGGUGGAAGAAAGUCCCCGAGAUCUAUGGUGAAAUGAAACUAAAACAGGUAGUUGCUGCACAACCUGUCGCUGUUGCCACAGAUGCACUCAACAGAAUUUUUCAAUUGUACAAAGGGGUAAGAAAUACUGCAUAUUACGGAUUUGUCGAUGCAUUAUCAGUAUAUUUGACACAAUGAGAAAAUUAUUUUAGGAACUAUUCAUAAAACUGUUUAAACAAAUGUUGAAAUAAGGAACCGUUUAGAGGGAAGAUAAUUUAUACAUGCAUAGAAGUGUAUAAGAAUUUUGGACCUUUUGUCACCUAUAAGUGUAGCAUUGGACGCUUUGUCUUCUUGUACUAUUGAUCAAGUAAUAUUGUCUAAACGUAUUAGUAUCAUAGCCAGAAGAAAGGUUACUGUUGUUCUAAAUUUCAGUGGCAUGAAUGCAUGAGAAUAAUGUAAGUUUAUAUAUUUCUAUAGAAUGACGCCUAGGUAUCCUUACAUCUAAUCUUCUAUAGAUUGUAUUUAUUCAAUGAUUAAGAUUCAUUGGACAUACAUACAAAAUCAAUUACUACGAUUCAACAACACUUUGAUAUUGGAUUUUUUUCAUGGAAGGCUUGAACCAUUAGUGUAGAUAAAUUAAGUCUUGUACCUAUUUAAAUUUUUUAAGUUAAAUUGAUAGGCUUAAGAUUGCAUUGGAUCUUUCUAUCUCAUGCGAAUGAACGAAUUUUUUAAAUUUCAUUACAUAAGAAUUCAUUUUUUAAAAAAAUUACGUUUUAUGAGAAUAUUUAAUAGAUAAAAUGUAUUAAUUGGUAAUAGGUUCGUGUACAUUAUAGAUACAUUUUUUUAUUUUUUUAUAUUUAAUUCUUAAUGGUUUAUGUUUCUUACAUUGAUUAUUUUUAGUUCUUUUAGAUGGUGUUGACUAUAUUUAUAAGUUUCUUACAUUGAUUAUUUUUAUUUAUUUUAGAUGGUGUUGACUAUAUUUAUAAUUUAAACUUACAUAUAAGCAAAAAGUGAGAAAUUGUGUUUUCUUAUGCAGGGUGUAUUCAAUGACAAAUGUAACAUAACAACAAAUCACGUCAUGGCUGUUGUAGGAUAUGGUGUUGAGAAUGGGCAAGACUAUUGGCUAGUCAAAAAUUCUUGGGGCUUUAAUUGGGGAGAAAAUGGAUAUGUGAAAAUGGCACGCAAUAUCAACCAAAUUUAUGGAUUGUGUGGAAUUGUGACAGCGGCCAUUUAUCCUUGGUAAUUUUAGGUUCGGUCUUCAAAGCAAAUAGGGGAGCCUUUGGCAUCGGAAAAUAAACCUCUUUACUUUCCACACUCCCAAACAUGUUCUUGAACAAGCCUUUCUAUACAGGAUUUCUAUGAUAUUUUAAUAUGCUACCUUGUGGUCAGGUAACUCUGUACUAUUUGUUUUGAAGAGCUUGUAUGAGGAACCAAGAGAUGGUGAAUUGGUCUUUUUCAAAUCAUUCUUGGUUUUCUGAAUUUUACUCAAAUUAUGAAAUCCAAAAUUUAUGGUGGUUCAACUAAGCUGGGUACUCUACUUUCUCAAGUAUUAAUUCUUACAAUAAAAAUCCUUACAUAUUAUGUAGUAGACCUUUGAAAUUCAAUUGCACGUAUGACAUCAAAGCAGAUGUAACAUUGGUGAGGGAGUGCAUCAUGGCUAGUAUGGGAGAGAAGAGUGCCCACAAGAAACAGAGAGGAAACAUUUUCUUAGGAGAAAUUCAAUCUUUUGAUUGUCAUCUUCUCGGGAAAACAUGAAAUUGCUAUUUGACCAAGACCACCGCCAGUACGGACAAAUCAGUUGUCGUUCCGCACUAGGUUAUCGUAGAACUGUUGAUGAGUUCACCUUGGACAUUGAUCUCGAGCUUCAACGGACUAAUGCUAUUUUUCUUUCAUGUACACGUCAUGGCACCAGAGCAGCCUCUUUGAGAUCACCCCGUUGGGUGGUACAUCAUUACAGCUCGUCCUUUCCCUCUUCUACCUCGUAUGGCAGGGCCGUUUACAGAGUUCUUCAUGUACAUCCACUGCAAAUGAAUUAUACCCGCACUUAAGAGUGAGAGAAAGAGAGUGGGGGAGAGAGUGGAGGAAGAAAGAGAGAGAGAGAGGAAGAGAGGAAAGACCGAAGAGAAAAGACAUCGACACCGAUGAUUACAGCAUGAGAGGAAGAAAUGGGAGAGAAAAAUAAAGUGAGAGAAAGAUACGCAGUCAAAUAGAGUGUGAGGGAGAGAUGAAGAGAGAUAAAGAAGGGAGAGGUAGAGAGAAAGGGGAGAUACACAGACUCUCAAUUACUCAAGGGAGUUCAACCAUUGGGUAGUAAAUAUUGUAAAUAUUUUGACGAAAAGUAAAACCUGAUGUAUAUAGAAAUAUUAAUCAAUGACAAAUAAAAUACCAUAUAGAUGAUAUCUAUGUUUUGGAUACAAUAUUGUAGACUAAUAAUUUCUUCUAUUAAUUCAAUGGUUGAAUAAUUAUAUUGAAAUUUUCUGUUAAUAAAUUUAUAAAUUUUUAGAAGCCAAUAAUAAAUUUCUAUUUAUACAUAUAAAAUGGUGAUGAAUGGAGAAGUUCUAUCUACCUCAUAAACUGAUAACACUGUAGUCAUUUCAUAAAAUGUAGGAGGCGUUUCUAGAAAACAUUCACUUUCUGCUCUCUCUAUGUAUACAUAUGAAACGCUUAUUUAAGUUCAUUCCUUGAGAAGUUGUAGGUUAUUCAGAAAAAUUCAACAAAAGGCCGAAGUCUAGAACUCAAGCAAAGUUAUACCCUUCAAGUUAUUGAAAUAGAAAGACAAUAAGAACACAAGUCUUAUAAAUUGUGGGGUUAAUAACUAGUAAACAUAAUAGGUGAUAUGUAAUAUUGUUUACAUAACUAUCUAUCACUAAAUUACUUGCCAAUUUUUUAGUAAUCCUUUAAUUAUUUUUUUACUUGAUGUUUAUAGUUGACUAAGCUAAUUCACUAAAAGUUACAUUAACAUACAAAUAAUCCUUCAAAAAAUGAUAGGCUACAUCAACAAAGAGUUGCAAAAUUGGUUUUGUUCUGAAACAAUUGAAAUAGCUAAUAAUUCGUCAUCAGCCACGACAUGGUAAGGCUAGGGAUUGGUUCAAAAUGGAUAUUUUUAUUUUUAUAAUUUCAUUUAUCUCCAUGUAUAAAAGGGUAUGUCAUCUGACGCAUUCAGACGAGAUCCACGAAGGAUGGACUCAUAAAGUAAAUAAAUGUAGAAUUAAAUACAGGGUACACUUCUAAUACGUACAAGAUAAUUUAUAAUCCAUAGGCAACUCUCCAGCAUACACCAAGUUUCUAUUUUUGGCAUUUUCGUCUUCGUAAUCAGCAAUUUUUUUUCUUUUUUUGCUUUUUAAUUAGUUUUGUUCCGGACAAGGCCAUCCUCUAGCCCUGUUUCCCUACUCAUCUGGAAAUCUUCCGGCUCGCGUCACCUCGUCGUCCUGUUGCACAGCGUCGGUCAACCCGUUGAUCGAUCCCUUCCGAAGAUUAUCCGCGCCCCCUCUUCCUCCCGCGGCAAAUCUGACUGUAGGCGACAAGACGCAGAUGGGGUCUGGAUCGAAGGAAGCAGAGGGUGAUGCCGGCGCGACCGAGGGAGGGGCGGUGGAGCCACCGGGAAGAAGGUUUCGGUACAAUUCUCCCGUGGCCCAGGUCGUUCUGAUCGAGCUCGUCUGCUUCCGCUGUCCCGGCAUGUUCAACGCCCUCUCCGGGAUGGGCGGCGGAGGCAAGGUCGACCACGAUGCCGCCAACGACGCCAACACCGCCCUCUACACCACAUUCGCCGUCUUCGGCGUCCUCGGUGGCGGCGCCUGCAACCUCUUCCGCCCCCGGCUUACCCUCAUCGCCGGCUGCUCCUCUACGCCGGAUCGUUUCUGUACUACAACCACCGCCACGACCAGACCUUCGCUGUCGUCGCCGGGGCGGUGCUCGGCGUCGGUGCCGGCCUCCUCUGGCCGGGGCAGAACGCCAUCAUGACCUCCUACCCGCCGCCCAGCCGCAAGGGCUCUUACAUCGCCGUCGUCUGGAGCAUCUUCAACAAGGGGGGGGGGGCGGCGUCAUCGGUGGUCUCUUCCCCUUCGUCCACAACUACCGUCGCACCACCGCGGCCUCGGUCAACGACGGCACCUACAUAACCUUCAUGUACUUCAUGUCCGCGGGAGCCCUGCUCACCCUCGCCGUGCUCCCCGCCAGCCGCGUCGUCCGCGACGACGGCAGCCGCGUCUCCGCCGUCCGGCACUCCAACGUGUUCACCGAGGCCGUGAAGAUCGGCAAGCUGUUCGGUGACUGGCGGAUGCUGCUGAUCGCGCCGGCGGCGCGGGCCAGAAACUUCUUCUACACCUACCAGUUCAACAGCAUCAACGGCUGCUCUUCAACCUGCGCACCUCCGGCCUGAACCACGUCUUCUACCGGGGGGCGCAGAUGGUGAGCUCUGCGGGCAUCCGCUGUGUGCUCGACGGAAGCCCCAGUGGCCGCGCUGGGAACCGCCUCGUGGAGCGGCGCCCUCGCCAACCAGCUGAGGUGCCCCGACGGGAAGUGGGAAUAGAAGCUCGACUUCAAGGACUCCGGCGAGGCCUACGCCGGGCCCUUCCUCCUCUACUUCAGCUGCGCCCUACUGGACGCCGCCUUCCAGAGCCUGGUCUACUGGCUCAUCGGUGCCCUGGCCGACGACUCCCGCGCGCUCAGCCGAUACAGCGGCUUCUAUAAAGUGGUGCAGAGCGCCGGGGCGGCGGUCGCCUGACAGGUCGACAAGCGCCGGACGACGCUGCUCGCGCAGCUCACCGCGAACUGGGCCCUCACUACGGUGAGCUUCCCCCUCCUGGCGCUCCUGGUGGCCCUCGCCGUGGAGGACGAAGAUGCCCCCCCGGCCUCCGGCGACUCGGAGAGAACCGCCCCACCCGUCGCCCAUCGAUCCGAGUCCCCUCCUCUAAAGCCGGCGCUCUGUUGGGCGGAGUAACUAGAUCUCGGAAUCAAGACUGUUUUUUAAGACCCGCGUGGACUUGUGAUCGCCAGCCAGAAAGAAAAGGUGUUGGUUUGGCUGCCCGCCGGGAAAAAAGCCCGGCCACCCAGCUUGUGUCUGAGCUUUCCGCCGAGUCGUCGUGCCGCCCCCCCCAAAACCAAACCUUCGAGGAUGAGAUGAGGGUCACCCAAGAACUGAGGAAUUCAUGGACGAACGAGCAAUGAGUGGAUCACAUAUCAUCCUUCGCAGAUGGAAGGGCAACACUGGUUCAUCGUCGCCAUCUCCGCGAACCAUAGAGAGCGGAAGGAGAGAACAGCGGAGAUGGAUUGGGAGGAGGGUGACCGACAGAACAGAAACGUAGUCCAGUGGAUGCAGCAAGCAAAUAGGUCGAUCGAAGAUCAGACGAUUUCUGCCCUCUCGAGGGCCACAGACGGCCGCACUCCCGGCGCCAGUGCCGCAGCACCGCCCGGGGCAGCGCCCUGUCGCGGCUGCGGCGGGUGGGAGGAGAGCCGCUUCAUGAGGGACUGUAUCCGGACGAGGUACUCCCUGGCCUGCGCCAGAGCCUCGGCCUCCACCUCACCCAGCUGUGCACACAGCCGCUCCUCGGCCUCCUCGGACAUCCGCAGGCGCUCUCGCGCCACCACGAGGUCCCUCCGCGCCGCCUCCUCCCUCUCCGGGCUCCGCAGCAGCUCCGCCUCCAGAGCCUCGUUCUUCCUCCUCAUCCUCUCCAUCUCCUCCGUCUCCCUCUUCGUCAAACGCGGCCUCGUUCACCGCUGCCCCCUGCGCCUGGAGCUGGCGGGAUGUCCUGGCCACGCCCGGCGCCAUCGCCGAGGGAUGCACCCACCAAACUGUCAACAGCGGAAUCGCGGGGGGAAACGGAAAUCGAAUUCCACGCAUUUUCUUCUAAAAGAACCAAUAAUGGGCGUGUUUCAGCUCUACCAAUCUGCACCAGUUGUGUCGUUGGUCAUUUGGAGUGCAGAAAGGACGGGAAUGAAGUGGGGGAUGAGAGAGGGAGCGAGACCGCUACGUUGACUUUUACCCAUGUGUUCUAAUGUAACCUUCUAUAUAUGUUUUAAAAAAUAAAAUCUCCAAUAGACUUUUGAGGAGACUUUUAAUUAUUUUCAGGCCGACUUCUCAUAAGACCACCCGGGGUCAACAUUAUUUUUACAAUGGAGCACUUUUGUGAGUCUCGCGCAAAUAUAAAUAUAUUUCAUUCCAUAAUUACGAAUCUACGUGGUGAACCUCAUUGGAGAGUUUAUGCGAUUAACCUCAGUAGAAGGUCAAUGAAAUUUCGUGAGCUUAAGCUUAUUUCCAAGUACAUGGGAUAAAUAGCAUGACGACCUUCUAGGAUGAAAUCCAUUCGAGUCCAUUGAAUAAAAGCUUGAUUCUAUUACUUUUUUGAAUGAGCCAGUUUAUAGAAUGUUUUCAUUAAUCGAGGCCGUUAGGUCCUAGACUCCCAUGUGAGCUACAUAAGGACUUCACGUGGGACCCAUUGAUAUGAUGCAUGCUCCUUAAGCACAUCGUGGACAUUAGAUCAUAUAGGAUGCCUGUUAUGAGCCGAUUAUCACCGUGGUAGUUCCAAAAACAUUAUGUUCAUUUAAGGUCAUAUGACCUCAAUGCUAUUGUGUAUAGUCUCAUAUGACAUAUCUUAUAAGUACUAAGCAUGAUGCCCAUAAAUAAAACUAAAUGAGGCAUUGGACACAAGCCUUUUUUCGUAGGAUCCUAUUAAGAGGGUGAGAUAACGAGACAAGUAAUGCUAAUUAAGCCAACCAGAGAUAAAAAUCAUGGGGAGAUGAAAUUUCAUACCAAAUUGUAUUACUUUCUUUAGUAAGUGACGCAUUGCCCCCUCCGCUUGCUUCGAUAUUUCCUCCAUGUAUGAUCCUUUGCUUCUGGUGGUGGGUCGUUACUUUCCAUCCAAGGUAGGGUUUAUUUCCGUGUUUCCGGCCGAUUGGCGACUACCACUGGUGCCACAGCGACCGCCACCAGAGACGGCGUCGCUCGCCUUCGGAACGUUGCUAGAAUUGCUGGUCUGAAGCGUUUGUAGAUGCGGGAUUCUUCACCUCUUAGUCAGUCAUCCCUUGUCCCUCGAGUGAGUCGUUACUCUCGGGUUUUCGAUAUAUUCUAUCAUCUUCAUCGUUAUGUUCCAUUUCUGUAUUUCUUCAGAAAAUUUCGUUAUUUAUCUCUCCGCGAACCGCUGACCCCUCCCCCACUAGUUGUAUCUCUGUUAAUCAUCGGGACGACAAGAACCGGCGGGCCAAUUCUCUGUUCCUCCCUCGCCUGUGGAUGCGGGCACUGUGGUCCGCUUGUUCUAAUUUCGUGAGGGUGUUGUACGACAAUGACCUUAGUUAAUGCUCGACUCUGCUUUCUAUGGAGGAGCAACCUUUUAUUUUGUCUUUGAGGAGCUAAUAACAUAAUCUUUCAUCGUAAACUGUAGUUCUGCGUUCUGUCUUGCUGCAAUGUGGCACAUUUAGUUGAUUGAGUAAAAUGUUUACUUUGUUUAGAAAUCAUGGGCUUCGAUUCUUUGCCAUAAUGAAUCAUUGUUCUGCAUAGUGAUGGAAUAGUUGGGCAUCUAAAAAGCUUGUUGUUUGCCUUUUUCCUCUCUGAUCUAAGUGUAGGGUGUGAUCCUCUCCAGCUUAUAUACGAACUGUAUACUUUUUAUUGAAUAAUUUCAUCAUGUGGAACUCCACAGUGCCUUAGAUGGCCCUCGGUUGAGAUAAAUCCUCACUGAUUUCUGUAUGGUCGAUGGCCUUUGGAGUUUUUGCUGGCUAUCUAGAUUUCUAUGAAAAUCCUAAUCCAGAGAACUAUUUAUUGAGCUUUUUAUGUUGUCAGACAAAGGAUCGCUGAUAUCACUGGGCAUCUGUCCAUCUAAUAGCAUUGAUAUAGACAUAGGUUAGGCUUCUCCUAUCGUCGUUUUGCUAUUUUUCUCUUGCCCUUGAUUAAUCAACAAUUCAGUUUUAGUUAAAACUUACACUUGCCAAGUAAAAUAUCCUCUCACAUAAACCAAUUUCGUGAUGAAGUUCCCUUUUACUUGUACAUUGACGGCCUUCUGAAGAAGUGUACAUGUCCGCCGUCCUCCCGCCCUCCCCUCCAAUGAUGUAAAAGAUAGCUUGUGAGCGAAGAUCAUACUGUGCUACACCUUGCCGAGGAGAGUACGCAAGAAACCUACUACGAUGUCCUCUGUGUUGAAGAAACCGCAAGCUAUGAGGAGAUCCGGGCACAUGACAAGGCUGCUGUCCUCCGCUCGCAUCCAGCCAAGCUCAGCUCCAAACAGCCAAUUGGGAUCACCAAAUAGUACGAGAGAGAUUUCUGAAGAUCCACAAGGCCUGGGAAGUUCUCAGUUAUGCAGAGUUGAAAUCAGCUUAUGACAGGGACUUUAAGGGGUUGAAAUAUGGGUCAUCAGUGUGUGCAGAUGAAGUUGAGUUGAAGGAUACGAGUGUGGGUGAUUGUGGUGACGCUGUGGAGCUCAUUUUUCCUUGUAGGUGUGGAGACAAUUUAUCGAUUACCUCGGAUGAGCUGGAGGAGAUGGGAUUUCUUCUGGAUGGUAGCAGGAUGUUGGAGAGGCAGGAUGCCUCUGAUUUGGCACCUGUGUCUGUUACAAUUUCUUGUUCUUCGUGUUCUUUGAUAAUUUGGUUAAGAAUAGAUAGUACUUGA